UCCUUGAAUUGUAUGUACUUUGUAUACCCCGUUGCAGCGUUCCGCGGCCCGGGCUCCGAGCUUCAGUCUUCAACCGACUCUCCAGCUAGCUGGUCGCGUCGCCUCGAAGCUCCCUUGAGCUCCCAGCUCUCAGAUUUGCUAAGUCGAUACAGCAAGUGCAUCAAAUAAACAUGUCUUCGGGGUUGUACUAUUGUCGACUCGCGAAUAUUGUGAAAACGUGAUCUAUAAUGGAGCGCGAUGGUUUGCCAGAAGACCCGGCGAAGCAAUGGGAGGUCCUUCUGUGUAUCAUCGCCUUCGAAGAAAAGAAGAUCGACCGGCGGCCGGAUGGCGCGAUCGAGACUCUUACAUACGUCUUCAACCAUAAAGGAAUAAGGCACAUCUUCACCGAAUGGAUUCAACAAAUGAAACUAUGCUACGACAAGCAGAUGUCCGAUGAAGAUACCUCAGGGAAAAACGAUGCAAUCUCCAUACUGUGGAGACAGCGGGGCAAUGUCAAGUUUAGAGCCGAACUGUUUGAGGAGAGCCACAAGUUGUACACGAAGAGUAUUCUGUACGCGAACAAGGAUGGACCUUUGUACCCUUUGGCUCUUGCCAAUAGGGCUGCUGCAUUAUUGCGGAUGGGAAAGUAUAAGGAUAGUCUAAGAGAUGUACAACGGGCCCUGAAAUACAAGUACCCACCAGAAAUAAAGCAUAAGUUAUUUCUACGAAGAGCGGAGUGCUACUGCGAGUUGGGGCAAAGAACAAAAUGUAUUGAAGCAAUGAGACAGGCUGUAAAGUACAAUGAAAUGAUACAACUUAAGGGGUUGUCUAAAGUGGAUUUUGACAGAUCAUACCGCCAGCUUGAAGAGAAGUUGGUGAAUCUCAAAUAUGAUGAGCCACCCGAUGAACUGAUUCUACCAGAUCUCCAUUUAGGAGAAAACCCUGACUUCAAGGCGGCUAGCAAUGCCAUAGAGUUGGUGCGUAAUGAUCAGUACGGUCGUCAUGUGAUUGUAAAGGAACCACUAAAGAGGGGCGAUGUGGUAUUCGCUGAAGAGCCCUUUGCGUCUGUCAAACUGAGGGAAAGCGAACUACCACAUCCAUAUUACUGUGACUAUUGCUGCUGCAGUGAACCCACAAUGAUUACAUGCAAAGAUUGCUCUCGCAUAGUAUUUUGCGAUGAAGCGUGCUAUUACCUGGCAAGUGCGGUUUUCCAUCGCUGGGAGUGUCCAGGGAUAAGAGCUAAUAUAUUCCAAAUAAUAGGGAUAGCACACCUCGCUUUUCGGGUAAUGCUGAAAUACGCCUCGAGGGGCUUGCCCAAGCUGCCCGAGGGGUCAAUCGUGCCUACCACGGCCGCAGCCCUAUUAGCCGAGUACGACAAAGUGGACACUAUUGCCGUAUUCAAGAAAGAGUAUCCUACAUUCUAUCGUAUGUACAGCCUUUCGUCGAACCUGGACAGUUCGGCGAAUACUGAUAACAUACAGUAUGCGCUGACGUCCACCAUGCUCACUCUGUAUCUUGAGCAAAAUACCAAAUUUUUCGAAUUCUUCCCCGGUCAAGUCGGGUAUCCGUUACCCAUGAGUGAAAUGAAAUUGCUAUGUGCGGCCCUUAUAUUCCGUAGCUUGGGCCAAAUGGUUACAAACGCACAUACGGUUAUGGAACUUAAUACGGGACAAAGACCUGAUAUGCCUAUACCUUGCACAGCCAGUCCUUGGCGUAAGAUAGGCACUGGAGUAUAUCCCGCGAUAUCAAUGAUGAACCACUCCUGUGAACCUAAUAUUACUAACGUGUUUUACAAAAACACACUUUACAUAAAAGUGAUUCACGAGAUGCCCAAAGGGACUGAAAUACUGAAUUGUUACGGGCCCCAUUACGCCCGAGCGUCGACUGAAGAGAGGCGGGAGGAACUCAAAACUCAGUAUGGGUUCAACUGUAUCUGCCCGGCAUGUGUCGACGAAUCUAGAAAGGACUUUGUUUCGCUGUUCUCGGCCUACGCUUGCCCAUCUUGCAAGGGGCCCGUGACCUGGGUGGGCACGAAAAUGUCUUGCCAUCAAUGCCCCAACGAGUUUCCGCUCCAAAGAGCUCAGAAUGCAGCCGAAACUGCUAAUGCCAUGCACGCAAUAGUUAACUGCAAGCGGUGCCAUAAGGAAAUCAAGAUCUGCGACAUAUUUUCCACCUUCAGCAGAGCUCAUGAAUACAUGCACUCAGCUUUGCGAGCGAAAACCAAAGAGGAGCGAUGCGAGCGAAUGGUUCGCUCCUAUCGCUUGAUGCAGCAAGUACUGUAUCGACAUCACGAUGUGCUAAGGAAGGCUGUUGAUGAUUUAGCCAUGUUACAUGCUGCCAUCGGCGAAUAUUCGAAGGCGAUCGAUUUGAUAAAACAGAACAUUCAAAGCUUCGAGUACCAGUUCGGAUCAUUUAGUGUUGAGGUAACAAAUGAAAUCCGAAAAAUGGCGAAUCUGAUGCUCGGGCGCAUCAUGAAGUAUUUGGACAACCCGGAGUUAGAUGAACGACAACCGAUGCCAAUCAGAGACUGGAUCCGCGAAACCGUCAAGAUAGCCAAAAAGGCCAACCAACUAAUGGAACUGAACUUCGGCACCUGGCAGCCGAUGUACAAGGCUCUCAGAGAAAACGAGGAAGUUCUGGACAACAUGCUAGCAGGCCCUCGAUUCCAUGAUCAUCCGGACUGCUUCAACUACAGGAUUCAGAACCUAAAUAUUGUAUAGCGAGUUAGGUGCACGGUUUUGUAAGAAGGUAAGCCUAGCGACACCCUUAUUCUGAUAACCAAUGUUCAAGAAAAGGUUUUACACCUGUUAAGGAUAAAUUGUUGACGGCAUUCUUGAGGAAAUAAUCCUCGAUGAAUUUGUUUUGUAAUUGUUCGUGCCACGUAACUUUGCGAGUCUGAAGUAAGCCAUUUAACUCCGUAAUUCGUUAUCAUUUGAAUUCGUUCAAAUAUUUACCUAAUGUUGGCUGCCGUUGACUUCAAUACAGUCAAAAAUAAUCGAUCAAAACUCUUGCGCAUUAUGUAUGUCAAAUGGUUAACUUCAGAGUAUCUUAGUUACGUGGAAUAUAUUGAUUUACUUAAUGAGGGUGAUUGAAUACACAAGUUUUAAAAUUCGAAAUUUGAAUUUUAGAGAAAACCGUCAAAAAUAUGUUUUUGCAGCUGUCUUGUAAAACAAGCUAACUGGAAAUAUCUAGAAUGAUCUUGUGUGUAUUCAAUAGUAUGAUUGGGAUGGAUGAACCGGAUCGAAUUUGGUGAUUAUUUCUAAAAUUAAGAUGCGUGACUAAACAGGGUUACCUGUCUAGAGGUUCUAGGUUAGACGGUAGUAUAUCUUUUAUUUCAUGAAAGCGAGUAAGUUGAACUUGUGUGUAGUAAGUUAUACAAGAGUCUUACACACUAACCAACGACGGGACAACCACCAUUCAAAUACACACACAGGUAUGGAUCACCCGCCUUCAUGAGAUAAAACAUCAAUACUCGGAAAAAGUUGUUGGACAUAGGUAGGCUUUUUUACAGAACCUAAUGUUAUACUCUCUCCUAAUAUAUUUCUGACCAGUGACUAUUUCGUUUCCACAAAUGUGUGGUGAAAAAGGUAAAUAAAUAUCCUUGAUACUAAUACUAACAAGAUCUAUAUUUAGCCUCGCGCUAAAAUGAAGAAAGUCCAUUUUGAGUGUACGAAUGACUUCCGUUCGGCCGUGUGGUCCCCGGCUAAGAAUAGGACCAACCCCAUUCCAAAGGGUGUCGUAAAAGGCGACUAAUGGAAUAUGACCCGAGGGGGACGCAGACUCCUUGGGUACAUUCUUACCAGCAUACUGCGAUCAUCAGGCUAGAGCACCCUGGUGACCAUCUACCUCAAAAUUUUGGCUCGAUAGCAAAAUUUUUAAUAAAUAAAUUUUAUUCAAAUUGAGCUGACAAAGCAGCACUUUUCGAACUUAAAAACCGAACCCAAAACGCCCACCUUUCAAAAUGUCCAAAGGAGUGGCGCAACAAACUCCCCAGCAACCUAUGAGUUUUGGAAAACCAGAUUUAUACAAAAAAAAACUAUCGAAAAAAGAAAUAAGCUAUAGACAAAUAAAAAAAUAGCCUAUUAUAUUUGGCUUAUUUUAUUUUAAAAAAUUCGUAAUAUUAAAUUAUUCGAUUGGAAAGUAUAAGAAUCUCAAUAUUUGCUUCACUUGUGCUCGCAAAAGUUAUGAACAUAAGCUAAAGUCUAAAUGAAAAAAGUUUUUAUGAUACGAAAAGCCUCCCAUUUGGAUAUAAAAAGGAAACUGCUUCGAACGUACGAUUCAGUAUUUCGUAAGCAAGACUGACUUCGAAAAUGACUAAAACGGGGUAACUAUAGUACAGUAUGGGUAUAAAAAAGUAAUUUGGCAGAACCUUUCGUAAAACAGGCAUAAUCUUGGGAAAUAAAAACUUCCAUUAGGCACGAAAAAGGUUACACAGCAAACAAAAGACAUAUUUUUUGUAAUUGAAAAUAUGUAAUAAAUCAUGUAUUCAUCGAUGAAUGUAAAUGAAAUUCUUCUGAAUUAUAUCUAAAAGUGUGGGUAGGAGGAACCAGUAAAAAAUUUGGGCAAAAAAUUGCAUAAAAAAACUACAGAGUGUAAAGUUGGUCUGGGUAGCACAUACAAUCUGCUUAGUUCGCUGGAAAAUUGUACAAUGAUCAUUUGGGUUGAAUUCAGUUUGGGUAACAACAUAAUAUGGAAUCAGCAUAGAGUGACAAUUUGGUCUGAGUGGCUUUUAUCUAUUUAGUCUCGCUGGGUAGAAUCAUAAUGUGGGAUGAUCAUUUGGUUUGGAUAGCGUUAGGCUAACAACAUGAUAAUAAUGUAGUAAAUACCUGGUCUAGGUAGUCGCAUUGGGUAGAAAAAUAGUCAAUUUGGAUAACAAUUGAUUUAAAAAGCUAACAUCUUUGGUAUUAAGGAACAGUUUUGCUACAUUGCGCUAAGGUCCAAAAGUCAAAAUUUAUCCCUAAUCACACUUUCUCAAUACACAAACUGAAAUCUUAAAUUCAAAAUGCCUCCAAAGUCCUUUCGUCUCUCUCCUUUACGCGGGGCUUGCACCGAUAUCCCAGUUCUUCCUUUAAAAGUAAACUACUCAUCUAUCAUGACACCAAUUAUUACCACCAUUACUAUCUAAAAUGAAAAAAAUGACCUUCUAUUCCAACUGGAAGUUUCAAUUCCAACAAGGCUACCAAGGGAUUUGUUUGCGGCAGCAUUGCGCGGGUUCCUUGCAGCGCUUAUUAUAGUGGUAGAGCCUAGCCGUAGUCCCUAGUCUACACUCGACUACAGCUCGCAUUGGGCCGGCUCGUCCGGGGAAGUACCACGCUCGCACAGAAUAUCGACGUGAAAUGGUAACUUCUUCGUUACUGUGUUUCGUUCGGUGAAUGCGAGUUCCGAGGGCCCGCUUUCCUUCUUUCCUCUCCCCUUGCCUUUUCGUUUCCGUCUUAACCUCACCUAUCCUCAUUUUCUCCUUCAAGACUUAAAUGUCUGUUCUUAUAGUGGCAGAGCCUAGCUGUAGUCCUGACUAUAGCUCAUCCGGGGAAGUACCAAGCUCGCACAGAAAAUCGAUGCAAAAUGGUAACUAUGUUACUGUUUCGUUCGGUGAGUGCGAGUUCCCAGGGCCCACUUUUCUCUUUCCUCUCCUAACUUUUUCUACCUAUCUAACACCCUUUCCCCCGUGGCAUUUCUUUCUAACAUCCCCUCAAUUAUUCUCCUUUUCCACAUAAAACUUCCUAUUCUUAAUGAACAUGUGUGGUUUUAUCAAAGUGGUGGUUCCACGGAGUUCUCUAUGCGAUCAACUCCUUGGAACCAUGCAACAGUUUUUAUAAGAUCUAUUUAAAAUAAAAGUCUUUGGCUUUAAGAGUGGUAGAGCCUAGCUGCAGUCCCUGACUACAGCUCGCAUUGGGCCGGCUCGUCCGGGGAACUACUACGCUCGCACAGAAGAUCCACGUGAAAUGGUAACUUCUUCGUUACUGUGUUUCGUUCGGUGAGUGCGAGUUCCGCAAGCCUAAAUCUUCCAUCCCUUAUUUUUCCCCUAAUACUUCUUUUUAACACGUCACUGUUGCUCAUUUUUAAGAAAAUCUUUAUAAUGAAAACAUCGGUUAAAUAAACUACGUAUCCUCUGCACUAUGAACUUUUUCAUUCUCUGAUGAUACGAGUACUGGUAUUUUUCGCCCAUUAAUGGACUGUGAAUAAAAUUCAAACCUUGUCUUUAAAGCACUAUGACUUCUUUUCGAGGCGUUAAUAUCUCGCCACUGUUAAUAAAAAUCACCUUGAAAUUCUGCAUAUCUACGGGAAAAUGAAGGCGUACGCUGAUACUCUAUAUUCCGGUCCCGAGACUUUUCGGGAGAAUAAACAAAAGACUAGAAAUCUCACGCAGUACGCGUUCAUUUAACUGCAGAUGUCAGUACUGGUACUUUAACUUACGAAAACAAGUUCCAUAUUUUACUCUCUGAUCGUCGAUCAGCAGAGUCGCCCUCCCCUUAAUUGGUCACAUCUGUCAGUCCUUGCAACAAUAUCAAAUUAACUUUAAUUCUAAAAAAACCUAUAAGUGCCUACACUGCACAUGUUCGUUUCCCAUAGUGGUAGAGCAUAGCUGCAGUCACCCAUUGACCGCAGCCCGCAAUGGGCCGGCUCGUCCGGGGAAGUACCACGCUCGCACAGAAGAUCGACGUGAAAUGGUAACUUCAUGUUACUGUGUUUCGUUCGGUGAAUGCGAGUUCCGAGGGCCCGAGUCUUCCGCCUACCCUCCCCCCCCCCUUAUCACUGCACCGUCUUUGCCACGGUCCCUUUUUUGUUAUCAACGGUGCACCCCACCUCGCACACUUUCAUUCACCCUUUUUCCUAUUAACGCAGGAAAAAAAAAAUCUGACGUAUUUCAAAGGCACUUACACCUGGUCUUUGUAGUGGUAGAGCCUAGCUGAAGUCCCUAGUCUACACUCGACUACAGCUCGCAUUGGGCCGGCUCGUCCGGGGAAGUACCACGCUCGCACAGAAUAUCGACGUGAAAUGGUAACUUCUUCGCUACUGUGUUUCGUUCGGUGAAUGCGAGUUCCGACGGCCUACUUUCCUUCCUUCCUUUCCCUGCAUAUCUUUUGUCCUCUCGUCUAUCCUUACUAGCCUUCUUUCCUUCAUUCUCUCCCCAAUCCCAGUUUCACCUCCGACUAUCCUCAUCUGCACCCUUCCUUGCACAAAUUCUUCUGGGCUGGCUCGACCGGGGAAGUACCACGCUCGCUCACUAAACCAACUUGGGGUGAUGACCUUGUGGUUGGUGACGAGUGCCGGUGGCCCAAAUCUCCUUUCCCAUUCCACCUUCGUUUCGCAAACAGUACUGAUCCUUGCCAAAGGUACAGUUAGUUUGUGCUUAACGUGGUAGAGCCUUCAGCGACUUCGUGUUGUUGAAUAUCAACAUCAACAGUAGUUUCUUCCGCUGGCGUCAAUUCCAACCAUCUUAUCCGUCAGGCCGAAUAGUUCGCUCUUUGGUAAAUGCGGUCCCUUAUUGACAACAGCCCACUAUUGCCCAGCUCCUUCUGGGAAAUACCAGACUUGCACGGGCGAUAAAUUAAAUAGCGACCUUGUGUUGCUGUAUUGCAGUUGGUGAGUGCGAGUCCCGGUACUUUGUCUUCCUACCUUCUCCACUCUUUUUUACUUAAUCACGGUGCGCCCCUACCCUCUCUCACUCGUACACAUCACAUCUAAACCCACACACCUCACACAUAAAGUAAGAACUCGAACGCAGUUAGUCAUUCUUCUCCCAAACAAAACUGUUCCUUUUAAGGCUCAGUGCGUUUGGGCGUAUAGUGGUAGAGCCUAGCUGUAGUCCCCGACUACAGCUCGCUUUGGACCGGCUCGUCCGGGGAAGUACCACGCUCGCACAGAAUAUCGACGUGAAAUGGUAAGUUGAUGUUAUUGUGUGUUUCGUGAGUGUGAGUUCCGAGGCCCCACUUUCCACCCUUAAAAUUUUAACACACACACUAUUGGCACUACUAUACUACAAACUUCUCGAACAUUCCUCUAUCGUUAAUUGUUCGUAUUUUGCGGCCUCUCGUGUGACUUUUCUAAAAGUGAAUGUUUCUCAUUUUUGGAAACUGUCUUUUAUGUAUUAAGAUCUGUAUGCACUCUGUAUCUUCGGGAGAAUGAAGCAGUAUACUUUAUUUCAUUGUCAGCGAACAUCAGCUCAUAAAGUUACAUGUGUUACACUUUAUGAUUCCGAAGAUACAAGAACUGGUGUUUUAAGGACAGCAUUUCGAAGUGAAAGACAUCGCGUAUUUUUGACCUCAUCUAUUUCUUAAUACACGAAUCGGCAAACAUUCCCGGCUGUCUCUUAGACUAGCUUAUCCUUAGCGUGACAAAACCUAGCUGUAAAUACGUUGACGUAUUAAUAAAUUACGAUAGUGUUAACUACCCUCCUACCCCAUUCUACUCUCAAUGUCUACAUUAAAUAUACUUCAUAUUUAAACAGCACGGACAUUGAAGAGUUAGGAUUAGGACUCCGUUAUUUAGUAUUUCUAAGUCAGUUUUUGAUAAAACAACGGGCAGCGUCAGUUCAAACAGUUAUUAAUAUGUUAGAAGUUUAUGAAGAGUAUAAAAAAUUGGAUAGUAGGACGGCGACGAAUCUUUAAGUCUGGAAAUUGCAAAACGAAUGAGUACUUAGGAAAACGUGCGAAAUCAAACGUAACCGAAACUGAAGAUGUUGUGGGAGUUCUCUUUCAUCUAACUCGGGUGUUAAUUUUUUUCGAAAUAAGCCUAGAAAUAAUAAUGUGAUGAAUGUUAUACCAUGCAAGAUUUAGAAAGUCAGAAUAUGGGGAAGAAACAUCGAUUAGUUUGUAACGAAGUCUUGAAAUAAUCAGUUAUCUAGGACUCUGAAGUAGUAACAUCAGAAUAUCAUGCUAACAUCACGGCCGGUCUAGGAAUUGAUAGAAGUGGAGGUGAAAAAACUUAGGCGGCUGGUCACGUCAGAAAAAUCAGUACGGACACUUUUUGUCAUUUCGGUGGCAAUAAGUUUACACUCAAACUGGACUACUCUUUGUCUCUUUAAUAAGAGAAUAUAAGAUAUCAUGGAAGCGUAAUAUGGGCUAAAGUGUGGCAUCUGUAGGAACGAGAUCGUCAUGGGUGGUUAUAAAAGGAGCUAAUCUAAGUCUGUGUUAUUAUAAUUAUGUCACUUAUAAUAUGUAACCUAAGGUUAUAGUCAUUAAAUCUAGGUGUAUCACGGAAUAUUACCGUAUUUUAUCGUAAGUUGAUUAUUGAGGGCAACAGUGUAAUGUUGAGGAAGAAAAAAAUAGUUGUGCGUUCGGUGACACUUGAUGAAAAUAAUAAAAUUGAAGCCUUGAGCUAAAAUUACUUUGGAUACAGGAGGUCGGGAAAGUAAACAGAAAAAAAAACACUGUUACCCUGCUGCAACGUGACUAUGUCACUUGCAAUAGUAAGACCAUAUGGUCGAAGUAUUUAUUAAAUUAAUCAUAAAAAAACUCUAUAAGGACUCACGUUUUACUACGAUCUAAGCGAUAUCUUGAUAGUGAACUCUUUAUUUCUAAACUCUUAUCCCACCUGUUCAUGUACAUUCGAUCAAAAAAUUAACAAGCAAUUUUGAUACUUACUACUCGGCGAUCUUGGAAAAAAUUCUAUCAAAAACCAUGAAUUUUAUGUCGGACAGGGGAAAAGAUCUAUCAAGAAAACUUUGUAUCCUUCGGAGAAUGAAGGCGAAAAGAUCAAUUACAUUUUAUCGAAGCAAAAGAACCGCUUUGAAAUUAACUUUUGCGCGUUUAUUCAACCAAGGAAACGAGUACUGGGCACUAGGGGUUAUUUCGAGACUUUAUAACGCAGGUGGGAUUUUAACACUAAUGAUCAGUAUUUUUCUUGAUUCUUCAUUUUAAACACUUCACCUGACACCACCGCAGCGGGGGUUAUUUUAUUUCAACUUUUAACUAUCAAUUUAUACUCUAGAAAUGUCUCUGUCUUAUUUCUCUUUGAUUGAACUUGCUGCGGAUGGUAGAUGGUUUUCUGGUCUAAAGGUAACCCCUUUACACGUAGUUUUAAGUGGAUGUUAAGUAAAAUUAUGAUUACAAUAGCAAGGUUUACGUCUGUACACGGUAAGCAGAUUUCAGGUUUUCGUCUUAUCUUAAAUUCGAGCUUGACAACUCUUAUUUCUCUAUUUUAAGUUUUCAAGCUAUUUUAAUUAAUUCAUGUUUGAUCUUUCAACUUUUCUUGAGAGUUUUUACUCUUGCUGGGGUAUCCCUAUUUCUGAAUGUUGGCAAUAAUAUCUCGGUUAACACCAGAAGUGACGUUGAAGAGGAAAGUAAGUGUAGGCGGAAACCUUGUUGAAAAUGGCAACCCCAUAUAUGAAACAAACCAGCGGCCUAUUUGUGAAACACUGCCAGACUUUGAAGUAAUUCAAAUGUAGCAAAUUUCCCGUUGAUUGUAUCCUGAAGUCUGCUCGCCUUUUAGUAAUGUAAUAUUUAAUUAAUUUCACAGUAAUCAAGUGUGUAUUGUCGCAGGAUUUAACUGAUGUUUUAACUUUUUCUCUAUCUUGGUUAUGUAUGAAUCUCUCGAAAACGUCUACUCAGUCUUAUUUUCCUGGUUCGGCUUUUGUGGAUAUGACUGUAUUCAGGACGGCAAUCAAGAAUCUAAAGCGGUGUUGCAAUAUCUGGUAAAACUUCAAUUUCCAUAAUAUUUUUACUUUCAGAAUGUCUUACCUCACAACUUUGUAAACUCACCUUUACUUCCACUUUUGAGACUGUCAGGUGUAUACUUCAUAUGCUCCAUACUUAAUCUUCUCUAUUUUUCCUAAGGUGCAACGCCCAACAUCUUUUAACACGUAGUUUCACAGCGUGGGAAGCCCUGUUCCGUGCUGAAUGGUUCAUUCUGAACGUCACCAAACAACUCUCUUUUCAAGCGAGACUUCUCACGCUGUGUCAGCUAUCACGGAUUUUUAAAGGCAUCUUAUGAAGUCACUUAUUUUUUUCAAAACCUUCACACCUUUACUAAAAUAUCUUCAAUGAGCGAUUGCUCAUUUCUCAAAAGUUUUUUCAUCUCUUUGGAUUGGCUCGGAAUUAUUAAAUGUCUUUUUACAAGGGACGGGCAAACCAAAAUGUUCACAUUUCGAUCAAACCAAAACAUUUACUAACUUCAUCAAUUGGCUUAAAAUAACUUAAAUCUAUUUUGAUUUUUCUAAAUUAAUCGUCUUUUACAUGGGAGGGUCUCAUCUUACGUAUGUCUAAUUGGUCGAUUUAACUAUUUCAAAAUUUUUUCAAUAUUAUAAAGUAAUUUCUUUUUUCAAAACGUAUAAAUCUUAAGAUCAAACGUGACUUUCAGACUGUACUUUUCAACAACACUGAAUUUUUCAAAAUUAAAUGUUUAUAAACUUUUUUCGAUCUUAAAAUAACUAAAAAAACCUGGAUUUUUCGAAAUUUUAAGGUAUCAACGGCAUGUAAAUAUAAGUCACAUCCGCAAUUCUUGCCAAAUAUUUUUAUUAUUUUUAAGUGAGAAUGAAACUGCGCGAUUGAUGUACGAAUAAUCUUUGUGAGAAGUGUAUUUUAUAUUUUUCCUGCGACAUAUUAUGUGUCUAUGUCAACAUUUACUCAAAUAUUAUGUGUCUGUAACGAUAUCAUGUAAUCGCUAAAAUAAAAUAAAGUGCUUAUGAAAA